AUAAAAUUACAUUUAUUAAUUAGAUCUAAAUAUAUUUUCUAUGAAAUCGUUAUCGUAAUCGAUAAGAAAUCUAAUACUAUAUUGCCUGGGUAAAUUUUAAUUGGUACAUCACCAUGUGUUGAGCUUAAAAAGUCACACAGAGAAUUUCUUCUUCCAAUCUGUAAUUUGUAUUUUGUGCUUUAUUUGGUGAAAAAUGUUCAUAAUAAUGUAUUAAAUGGUGCUUGAACAGUGUUCAGAAAAACCAACCGAAUAUGGCGCAAAGCUCGCACGGCGGUAGUCACAGACGUAGCCGCGACCACGAUGGAGGCUCCAUGCGGUACACCAACACCGAUUGGGAGGCGAAAGAGGCACUCUACCAACGAGAGCUGGACGAGGCACGAGCACGCGCCACACAAAUGGAGAAGACUAUGCGCUGGUGGUCGGAUUGUACUGCAAACUGGCGCGAGAAGUGGAGCAAGGUCCGCAACGAACGGAACAAAGCCAGGGAGGAAGCCAAAGCGUUGAAAAACAAAGCCGAUGCCCUCGCCAAGGAUCUCACCAACGCCAAGACUGAGAAAAACGAAUUAGAACAACAAAUCAUUGAACUCAAGAAAGAGAACGAGAAACUACUGAGCAUAGGAGAGAGCAGGAUAGUGACUGCGGACCUGACAGGCGAUGACGGCGUAGAAUUAAGGAGGAAGAAUCUGGUGUCGCCAAAUGAACAGAUGAGACAGCGAGCUUCCCUUGAUUCUCAUAAGUUUUCGAAUGUCGACAACAUUCUAGCGAACAAAUUGGGCGAGUUAAGACUGAAAUUGGACGAAACUUGCAAGAAUUUGCAAACCGAGAAGGAUCAGAAAGGAUUACUGUUAUCGAAAAUAGAGACUUUGACAGCAGAACUCCACAAUACAAAGAUGGAGCUCACACACAGUGAUAGGACUUUGGGUUCAACAGACUCGAGUCAUAGCGAAGUGGAGAGGCUUCAGAAUGAGCUGCAGGACGAAGUAGCAGCGAAACAAGUCCUCGAGGAGAAGAUAGCGGAGCUCAAAAUGGAGAUUGAGAGGCUCAAAUCGGAGAACACGAUACAGUGGAGCAAGCGGGAAUUGUUAGAAACAGAAAAUAUCGCUAUCUUGAGGGAGAAUAAAAAGUUGUAUGGUCAAGUAUGCGAACUUAGGGAGCAAAUACAUAAAUUGAAUCGGAUAUCGGACGGAAGCGCGUACGGAUUUAGCGAUAGGCUAGAUUCAAACAUUCUGUAUGUUAGAAAGGCUAGUGUAAGUCCUAGGUCUCAUGAAUCAAGUAAUGGCUCCUCGGAAGCUAACUUGCAUGCUGAAAUAAAAACGAAUACGUCGGGAGAGGACGACGAUCUGGCGAUAGUGGAACGAAAUGAAAAUUAACUUACCUUUGGAGUUGUAGAUAAAAAUCCCCAAAAAUAUUGCGACAAUUUGAAAGAUUGCGGAAUCUUCUAUUAUGUCAAAUGUUUGAAUUUGUAAAGAGGUAGUAUAACUUUUUUAUUUUUAGUUAGAAUUUAGAAAAAUUGAAAUCUCUUAUGAAUGGUUUUGGUAGAACUAUUUACAAGUCGAGUGCUUCGCGAAUGAAUAUACGGAUUUUUUUAGGUGAAACAGAUUUAAUUCUUAUUUGAAUUCAUUGUAAGUUAAUAACAAUCCAGGCGCGGAUUAAGGAAUGGUACAUGGGGCUUAUAAAUCAUAUUCAAGUCUCAAUAAAUUUAUCCAAAUUAUAUAUUUUUCCUACAGCCUGUAAUUUAGAUACUCGUUAAAAAUAUAUAUAGUUUAUAGCUAAUAUAUCUUUAAUACUGUAAUCUAUACCAAUUACAUGUAUGCGCCUGUGAGUUGUAGAGCCAUGCUAAGUAUUUUUUUUAGUGCUGAAGUCUAAAUUGACCACACUCUGAUUUCAUUUUAGUUCUCUAAGCAUUCAGUACAUUACCAAACACAACAAGCAAGACUCAUGUAAAAUCACAAUUAUGCAUUUAUUUUUCCAUUUGAGUUAUCAUUCCAAAAAAGUAUUAUAUUUAUUAAACAUUACAAUAAAAACGUGGACAUAAUCAACAUAUAUAGUGUACAUAGGUGACGUUAUGAUAAGAAAAGGAGCUUUGGAAAAAAUAACCAGGCCCGCAUCUGGAAGACUAUCAAGGGGGUCUUUGACACCCAUGAAAUUUUUAUGGUGAGUGGCGUUGAUAAUCAUGCGCUAAUUAAAUUGUAGCUAGGUUUCAUGACCGUCUUAUGAUAUUCCUGUUUUCUGUCACAAAAUGUUUCUUUACUGGAUAUAGUAAAAUUGUUGGUGUAUAACAAAAAAUAAGCAAUUUGACUAUGUGAUUAGGUAAUAAUGUAGAUUUUCAGAAUAUGUGUUAGAAGUUGUUGUAGAUCUGUAGAUAGAUGGAUGUGUAACAUUAAUUUAAUUAUAUUGUGCUCAACCAAGAAACAUAUGGUUGCUUAUUAGCUCAUAGACCCUGAUUUUACAUAAACAAUUCGUUUAUAACGUGUUAAAUGUUUACAUUUCUAUAUUAUACUUCUGAAAUGUGGCCAAAAUUAAAAUAUAUUUCGCACUGAACAUUUUUUACCAUCUGGUAAACUGUGGACUAUAAUUAGCCUAAUUAUCCAGUGUCGUGUUACCUAUCAUAAAUAUAGUCAUAGAGAAUAGACUCAGCAUGUCAAAUUAAUAUGGAUAGAAAUGUGUAAGAGACAUAACAUGAACACGCGGCUCGAAGAUAGAGAAUGUCUAACCAAUAGUCUCGCAGGAAAGAGAAAGGUACUUACUGGCUGCUUCGCUUCUACAACCUAUCUUCCAUCACUAUAUUGGGCUAAGGUCCAUUCUCUAUCUCCAUAGCAAAAACUAACUUCCUGUCACAUUUAUACAUGUUUAUAAUUAAGACAAAACAUAGUGCUCCUAUAUUACGUCCACUAGAAACUUUAUGACUUGUGAAAAUCUUCCUUCUGGACUGAAUUAUGUGUAUCAUUCCCUCAAUUUAGCAAAAGGAAUAUUUUAGAUAAAAGUACAAGGAUAUGUAUGACUAUGUUAGCUUAUUAUUGAAAUGUAUUGUUUUAAACUUGCACUCCCAUCAACCUUAGCGGUUGGUAUUGCGGGGGGUCGUGACCCCCCUAUGUUUUUGUCACAAUUAUUAUUUCAUAUUACUAUAAAUCAUGUUUUAUUUUGUACAUUAUUUGUAUUAAGUUAUUUAUUGCUUUCCUUGCCAAUUUUGUGUUUCUUUUUUCAAAAUAUUUUAAUGUAUUGAAGAUAUUGUGAAAUAUAAGGGUGUUCGUAAUAUCUACGCAUUUUUAAAAACUCAAACAAAUUGUAAAAUUAUGGUUUUAGUAGUCAAUUUCUGUUUACAGCAGCAGUAGUUUCGAGCAACCAAACAGCUUUGAUGCAAACUCCGGCUAAUUUGGCAGUGGUCCGAAAAAUAACAUUUUCGCAUUUAAACAAUAUCGACCACUAUCUCUCAUAUUCUAGGAUAUCGUGUGGGAAGUGAGGACUACUCAGAUAUAAAGCAACCUUAUCAGAUGGGCUCUGGCGUGGGGUCACUGAACUGAUAAGAAUAGUGCAAUUUUUUAAUAUCGGAGAUAUAAAUUUGCGCUGUACAUUUUCCUUUUACACAGCUUGUUUUAUUAUUGAGAUAUUUAUUAUGACAAGGUUUUGUUCGCGGCUUUCAAAGUUCUCUUAGUUACUUAUAUUUUAGGUCCUUGGUCUCUGUCAAAUAUCAUCCAAAUCUAACCAAACUAUUUUGCGUUUAUUUUUAAGCAAGCCUUUAACAAAUUUCCCACAUAGAGACUAAUUCGGGAAUAGAAUCUUUGAACUUCUAAAUACUAUUGGCGUAUUUUCCGUACAAUUCGAUUCCUACCGGCUUCGCUUUAUGUAGAAUCUAAUUAUCAUUAGAGUUAUUUGCAGACUGCAUUCAUGGAUAGUACCUAUAUGUUGUCGGAAAAUUUCAUCAUUCGCUGCUAAGUACAACCUAUUGCACAAUUUUAAGAAGUUUGUUUAUCUAUGCGUAGAAUUUACAAAUACCUAUGAAUGUGUAAUUUUAAAUAUCCUCCUUGUUUCUUGUAAGUAGAUUUUUUUUAUACAAAAUAGUGUCAUCAUUUGAGAUUAACUUCUUUUUUUACAAGUUUAAAUAUUAAAUACAAGGCCUAAACAAUGUUAGAUCAAAUAAAUGAUGUUGCGGGAACAAGAACGGCUUGUGUUUCUGCGGAAAUUAUUAUUAUGUACAGUCAACCACGAAAGUAGCUGGAAAAAUUGAAUACUUUAAAUAUUUUGUCUUGAAGUAACUUUUUGUCAUAGGUUAAAUUACAAGGUUUAAUUUUUUUUAGAUAUUAUUCAUAAUGGGUAUAUGAGAUAAAGUUUUGUGUUUAUCCAGUUAUUUUGCAGGUUGACUGUACUUGUUUAUCUCUGUGAUUGUUUGAAAUAAGUUUUUUUAACAUAUUUUUUUCCCUUUGGGAAUCUUAUAAAAAAGCUAGAAUGGACUUUCAAUUUCUGUGGUACACAAAUGAUUACAAAUAUGUAUACAAACUCAAUUAACGUUUUUAAAAAAUUGACAUUUUUCGUUCUCGCGCCCGCGGUCUUAACAAGUUAGUCCUACAAAAACAAUAUUGUAUAGAUUGUGAUUAAAUAAAUAAUGUAUAUUGCA